AUGGCAACCAAAAAUCUCCAGUCCAGUGACCAUCGCGACCUACUUGAUAUUAUCGACAAACUCAGAUUGCAAGGGAUUACCCGUUGGGUCGACCUUCCAGAGAUCAUCGUUUGCGGCGAUCAGUCUUCCGGGAAGAGCUCAGUACUCGAGGCCAUCUCAGGCAUGUCCUUUCCGACGAAGGACAAUCUGUGUACCCGGUUUGCUACCGAGCUGGUCCUUCGACGGGGAGACCGGACAAGCAUCGACGUCUCUCUCAUUCCGGACCCGACUCGCCCUGAAGCGGAACAGGUGCGACUCCGCUCCCAAAAAUUCCACCUCGAAGAGCCUCUCAAUCUUGGAAUGGUGGUGAAUACUGCCGAAAGUGUGAUGGGGCUGGAUGGCGCGAACAAGGGCUUCAGCACCGACAUCCUUCGCAUCGAGCUGUGCGGCCCGACCCAACCACAUCUGACGUUGGUGGACCUGCCGGGUCUGUUCCGGGCUGGGAACAAAGAACAGUCUGACCAAGACGCGGAAUUGGUGGAAGAGCUGGUGAUGGGCUAUAUGAAGCGCCCAAGAAGCAUCAUUAUGGCUGUGGUCUCCGCUAAGAGCGACUUCGCUUUACAGUCGGUCACCAAGCUUGCUCGACAACUGGAUACCCAUGGCGACCGCACCUUGGGCCUGAUAACCAAGCCGGACACACUGGAUGUUGGGUCAGACAGCGAGCGCGCCUAUGUGGAACUAGCCAAGAACAAUGACGUGAGAUUCGGACUUGGGUGGCAUGUUCUGAAGAAUCGGGAUUAUGCCAUGCGCGAUGCCAGCUCUGCUGAGAGAGAUAAAGCCGAGGAAGAAUUCCUGUCCAGUGGUGUCUGGACAGAACUGGAGUCAAAUCAACUUGGUGCGAAAACUUUGGGACCACGACUAAGUAACGUCCUCAUUGACCAUAUCAUUCUCUAUCUUUCUGCUAUCCAGUGCGACGUUGAAUCAGGCAUACUUGGCUGCAAUACCAUCCUUGACAAGCUUGGGGCCUCGCGGGCCACCUUGUCUGAUCAGAGAAGAUACCUUGGCAAGGUUGGACAAGACUUUUCGAUGCUCAUGCAAGCUGCCGUCAACGGCGAAUAUUCGUAUUAUUCGUUCUUCGGAGACAGCCGCUCUGAUGAGAGUUACCACAGGCGUCUUCGUGCCGUUGUCCAGACUACUUUGACCUCCUUCGAGGGGCAGAUGCGCAAAGAAGGCAAGGCGCGAGUCAUUUUCGAUGAAGAAUCAGAUGAUAAUGAGUCGGACGAGCCAGAAAGACAAGAGAAUUUGUGUAUGAUCUCACGAUCUGACUACGUGGAAGAAGUCAAGAGUCUGAUGAGACGCAACCGCGGUCGUGAACUGCCUGGCACCUGGAACCCCAUGAUUAUUGCGGAGUUGUUCAGAGAUCAAUGUCAGCCAUGGAAGAAUAUAGUCGGUGGAUGCAUCGCUGGGAUCAUUCGAGCUGUUCAUCAAGUCAUCAACGACAUCCUCGAGCAGGUUUCUGUCGGCAAGACCACGGAACGCAUACGUCGAGAUAUCAUCAACCCGAAGAUGGAAAUGCUGGUGCAGAAUCUCCAAGAGAAGGUUACCGAGAUCCUCAAUCCGCAUUACUCAGGGCACCCUAUCACCUACAAUCAUUACUUGACGACUACUGUCCAGGAAGUGCAAAAGCAGCGAUAUCUCAAAUCAGUCGAGGCAGCUUUAAGGACCUCCGAUGCUAUUCGAAAGGAGAACCGUCAUAUCAGCAAGAUUAAUUAUAGUUCUCUGGCUAGGUCCGUGGCUCAAUACACCGAGCAAGAUAUGGAGCGAGUUGCCAGCUUGCAAGCCGUCGACUACAUGGAGGCAUAUUACAAGGUUGCCCUGAAGAACGUGAUCGACAACGUUGGAGCUCUGGUCGUGGAAGCAUGCCUGAUCCAGAAAUUACCGACUCUUUUCAUGGCGGACACGGUCUACGACAUGCAAGACACCGACGUUCAAGGCCUCGCCAGCGAGGGUAAGGAAGUAGUCGAGGAGAGGACAAGAGCGAUGCAGAAGCUUGAAAGACUUCAAACCUGCCUCCGGGACCUGAAACGGUUCGAUAAGCACGGCUCUGCUCAUUCACGGUAG